AUGAAGUCCAUUGGUAUUCUUGCUCUUGCUGGCGCAGUAGCUGCUGAAGUCCACAAAAUCGAGGUCGGUGGCUCCGGUGGACUCGUCUUCAACCCAAACAAUGUCCGGGCUGCACAAGGAGACAUCAUCGAGUAUCAUUUCUAUGCCAAGAAUCACAGUGUAGUCCAGAGCGACUAUGAUACCCCAUGCCAGCUAGCAAAGUCGAACGGUUUCUACUCCGGAUACUUUCCCGUUAGCGAUGGAGAAAGCAAAUCCGUCUUCCAAAUAACAGUAAACAACACCAACCCUAUUUGGUUCUACUGCUCGCAGGGCAAUCAUUGCAGUCAAGGCAUGGUUGGUGUCAUUAACCCGCCCGCGGAUGACAAAAACGGCGGCCUCGAGGACUAUCGCAAGAAGGCCGCUUCCUUCACUGGCAAGGCCGGUGAUUCUGCUGCUGCAUUCGGGGGGCAGAUAACCUCCAGCACUGGUGGCACUAAUGGCAGCACUACUACUUCCCCUUCUGGCACGGCAACCAACAGUGGGUCACCCAGCUCAACCUCAGCCAGCAGUUCACCGUCGUCCACUCCCAAUACCGCCCCUGGACUACAAGCAGCGGUGGGUGGAGUACUCGGAGCGCUAGGCCUAACUAUCUGGAGUCUGGUCUAA